AUGGUUUUGGAGAACAGUGACCUGCGAGCCUUCACACUGGACAUGGGCUGUGGCUGGUCUACUGACCCGCUGGACCCUCCCGUCCUGGCACUGGCAGACCUCCUGGCCAACAAUAACACCCUCAGAAAGCUGCAUGUGAGGCUGGACUGUCCCUGGUCACCCCAAGCCAUCAGUAAUGACACCAUCGCACUACUGUGUGCUGCUAUGUAUGCUAACAGUACUGUCAAAGAGCUGAACAUCUCAGGAAUCUACACAGCAGAGGACAACGGACCCAGAAUCAUCCAGGCACUCCUCAAGCACAAAGGCACCAAGUUCACCAUCGAUAUGCCGUACUGGUGGAACGCAUACUGCCAGGUCAGUGUUCAAAAUACAUGUACCCAUCUGCAUUUUGCAGAGAGAUCUACAAUAUUGCAGAAGAAAAUUCCUACAAUCUGCAACUUGCAUUUUUAACUUGAGAAGCCACCUCCAGAGAAUGGACAGGGACAAAUGGCCAAAGAGGAUCCUCACACUAGAUGUGGAGGGUCCAAACCCCCGUGGCCGCCCUAAGAGGAAAUGGUACGACAACAUACGGGAGGACCUCCACCACCUGAACUUAGAUAAGAUCAA